AUGGAGUUGGCCAUAGUGUGGUCCAAUAGACCGGGAGUCGGGGGCAGUGAGGACGGGCGAAGGGCAAGCCUGUUUGGGGAUAACAGGAGCAAUCUAGGAGACAACAGGAGUAGCAUGGGCGACAGGAGGAGUCGCUUUGGGAGCAUGUACGGAGAUGGGAGUAUUCGGAGUAGGCACGAAUCUACUCUGAGGAGGAAGGACAGUCUAGCGAGUGUAGUGAGUAGGGCGUCGCGCCGGUAUAGUGUAGUAGGAG